UGUCAACUGUUCGUGAUUUGUGAUCAUAACAUCCAAAUGAUUAUACUAUUAUAAUAAUUAUAUUCAUUUCCUAAGCUCAACGCAAAAAACUGAAGUUUUUAUUAAUAUUGCUAAAAUGAUUGAAGAAGAAAAUAAAACAAUUUGGUGUGGUAAUUUAGCUGAGCAAGUCACUGAAGAGAUUCUUUACGAACUCUUCUUACAGGCAGGUCCGCUAGAAAAAGUAAAAAUGCCUCGAGAUAGAGACGGACGCCAUAGAUCUUUCGCUUUUAUUACGUAUUGUCAUGAAGUAUCGGUGCCUUAUGCUAUAAGCUUAUUUAGAGGAACGGCUCUUUUUCAUAGAACAUUGACAUUACAAGUUAGAGGUAGAAUGACACUCCUUCCACCACCAAUACGGUGUUACGGACCUGAUACAUCGAUGGACCUCAUUGGACAAGGAAAUGUUGUUAAACAAUUUUCCGAUAUGACCGAUAGACUUAAAGAGGAAAAUCCGAAUCCAGUUCAUCAGCCCACACAGAGACAAAACACAAAUGAAAAGCUUGUUAUGGCAAGCUUACAGGGCAAUUGGUCUCACCGACACCACCCUUAUAGGUCAAAAGAUAAGAUGCAUAAUCGUGAUGAUUAUAGGCAUCGAGAUGAUAUUUAUAAAGGUCAGAGCAACUCUAACAACUGGAGAUCUCGACGAGAUACUCGAUCCAGAAGGAGAAAAUGAGACUUCAAUAAAACUAGGCUUUUAUCCAGAUGACAAUUUAUAUAUGAAAAUAUUACUAUAUAUUCACAUGUGGUGGCAUUUAUUGUUAGCAUAAAAACUUUUUAAAUACAUAUUAACUCAAGUUUUAUUAUU